AUUAGUAGUAAUAGUACAAGCAGUUUGAUAUAGCAGCUGUGUCACUGAUGUUGCGAUGUAACGUUCGCUUCUGUAAAAAAAAAAAAAAAAAAACAACAAAAAAAAAUCUUCUCUUUGCAUGUAGAAUAUCAUAUUACACGGGUCUCUGGAAUACUUAAUUCUGAUUGGUCAGUGUGCGGUCAGAUCUGUAGAACGAAUGUUGCUCAUAACAUGCACCUAUGUGUCUUGGCACUUUCGCAGUGUUUUUUUUUUUCCAUGUCAUCACAAUUUGGAGUAGAACAUUGGCGCCGUCUUGUGCGCCAAAGCGAUAUUACGACAAACGCUAAGAAAAAUGGCACCAGAGGGCUUCCAAAAUAAGGAAAUAACGCGGAAACACGUCUGAAGAACAAGCAACCGAAGAGAUGCAUUAGAAAAUACUGAAAAAUAAAAGCCUGUGGCCCACUGUAGUUAAAUAAGGUAGUUAAACUAGUUCACAGGAAAAAAAAAAAAAGAUUUCUGCCUGAGGUAAGCUAGGCUAUAUAUAUAGCAGUGUUCAGCGCCCAGGUUUCCCUCCCUCUAGCCGUUGUCACUGCGCGAUGUGACGCUUGGGUUCGCUCGUGUAACGUUACCGCUCAUGCUCACCGGAAAAGCAAAGUCCACGCAAAUAACGCGCCGACAGGAAAUUUCUAUUUUCCCUUUUGCAAGCGCUACUGUGCUAUAUGUGGUGUAGUACAGCUGUACUGGGCAACGCUACUGAUCUGCUCCCUGCUAUGCUCUGCUCACAUGCUCUGAUAAUAAUAGCUCUGUAGGAUACAUUGUAUGGAUAAUUAGUAAAAAUAGAACUUAUAUAUUCUCACCAAUUUUGUUACUUUCAAUAAAAGUGGUUAUUUUGGCUUGUAUUUUUUAAAUUCCGUAUCAUUAAAAUUGAGUUUAAUUAAAAAUUCUUAAAAAAAAAUAAUUAUUACAAAGCAUUUUCGUUUUCGUCCAAGUGCAUCCAGAAUUUUCAGCUUUGGCCCAGAAUUUUGAUUUCGGUGCAUGCCUAGUUAUAACAGUAGAUAGACUAUCAAUAUGAUUUUGUCGGCGUCAUGAAUUUAAUAAAUAGCUUUAAAAAAAAAAAAAACGCACAGCCUACAAAUACUUAACAUCCCGAAGCUCACAACCAUCUCAUCUUACUGAAGUGUCCCCCUUCCACUUCCCGUCCUAAUCCUCCUGCAGACCCCAAUCCUGUUGCUGCAUGGGUGGGGUUCUCUGUCGCAUGUAUUCAUUGGGGGAGGUGUUUUUGGCUUGAGAUCCCCACCGCAUUGGCCAGGAUGAAUUGUAUCUACCUAACGCCAUAUGUGGGAGCUUCCCCUACUACCGAAUUAGUGGAACACCGACUGACCUGUGCCGCUAGGGGGCGUAAGUAUGUAACUUCCGAGGGCGGCAUCUAUGCAGUGCAACACAGCGGGCUUUCUUCAUUCAGGUUGCUGAAAUACAGUCUAUAGCAAGAUUAAGGAAACCCUGUCUCGUUAAAACACUGCAAUGAUGGCAGCUUCAACAGAGUCAUACAUGUAUAUGGACCAGAGUGCCUUUCAAUACGAUUAUGAGACAUUGCGGACUACGGGUGUCAUCCUUGCUGUGGUUAUGUUCGUAACCGGGAUUCUUAUUGCUCUGAAUCUAGUCCAGUGGAAGGCGCUCAGCCACCGAAAACAGAAGUUCCACCUCAGACAGUGUAAAGCAGAUGGUGCGACAGGGCGGCCCAUUUCAGCUAGAGGAAAGGCUCAGUUGCACAAAAAUGUGGAGGAGAGUCGAACCUGCUUGACCUUUUUUUUUUAUAUAACCUCAGCCUAAAUGCUGAUCUAUUAGGUUUAAAUCUGAUGUAUUUUUAGGUCUUUAUAGCACAUGUGCUGCAUUAUAUCACUUUUGUGUUCAACAACACCAUUCAGGAUGCAUCUCACCUGACCCAGUUAUUUUACUCAUGCAUGAAUAAUUUGCUUUAAAUGUUGUUGUUAUAUAAAGGUCACUUAUGGAAAUAUUUAUGGAAGCAAUCAUGAAUAAUGAAUUGAAAACUUGCACACUGAAUGAAUUACACUGAAGAACUCUCGUUUCAUCUAAUAGAUUUAAUUCAUGUAGACACAUGAUGACGUUGAUAUUUUCACUCAUUUACAUUUUAAUGAAGAGAACAUUGUUAAAAUAAAUUAAGAGUAAAUCGCUCUCCAGCAUGGAAAUAUACUCAGUCCAGUGUGCCGCCCUGUAACUUGUGCAUGCCAGGUCUCAACAAAAUGUAGGACAAUUUUCUAAUUCUUUUAGUCUUCUAUGAAGAGUUCAGAUGCAAAAGCCUCUAAGUGUCAUAAAAUGAGCAUUUUUAUCAGGCUCCUAUAAUUAAGUUAUUUCACUUUAAUGCCAUGGAAAAGGAUCUCUACAUUGCCAUUAAAGUAAAAUUACUGAACCUAAACAUUUUAGAAGAAAAUUUCAGAUGGCACUUAGAGACUUUUGCAUCUGAACUCUUCAUAUUUAUUUACUAUUUUAGAUUUUUUGUGUAUUUGAAAUACUAUUUAAUGUGUUUCAUAAUUAUUUGCAUGUAUCAUAUUUCAGUGGACGUUCACAUUUUUACCAUUAACAGUUUUGACAUCAACCAUAAUAUAAACUGAAAUGCAUAUAGCUUAUUUAAAAUCUUCUGUUUACAAAUUAUAAAGUCGUUUCUUGGAUCUGUGGAGUCAAACGUCAUUGCAACAGCACAUUAUAGAGGGCUUAGAAACUAGGAAAGUGUUGCCUUAAAAACUAAUGGUGCAACCACAGUGUUAUAAACUAACUAGUGGUUACUAAGCCAACUUAACAUCUCAUUUUAAGUCAAGCCUCAUGAGCGGCUUGUGCAACCCUUCCUUGGAUUUACACAUGAUCUUAUAUCCAUUGUAACAGCAUGAAUAUUUGAAUAGUGUAUUCCAGUAAACAAAGUACUUUAUAAAGUAUACUUUAGUCCCCAGCUAAGUGUUACUAAAGGCAAAUGACUUAAUUGCAACUGAAUGUAUUUAUGCCUAAGAAAGCACCCAUAUAAAUUUUAGAGAAUAAUGAACCAACGCACAUCUGUUUGAUCAGCACGUUUUUGGGGGAACGCUUACCAUUUCAUUACAAGUCAUCAUUAUACCGAAGACGUUUUUUUUCCUUCUCAGAAGUGAAGUAGUUGAGUAUGACUAAACAUUCACAGCAGUCAUAAUGAAGAGCUGAAAAGGGUUACUGUAUGAAAAGGCAUUUUUAUUAUUCAUCCAAAUGUUAGUCAUGUACCAAAUACAUUUGGCUUAAUAAAAGAUCCUGAGUUACA